AUGGAAACAUUUUUCGAAUAUGAACCUAUGAAUCAAUAUCUGAAAACCAAAAUACCCGAUGAACUUGACAUGUCUUGGCUGAAACAUGUCCUACAACGCGCUAAAUCUGACAAGAUAAGUUUAGCUUUGUACGAUUCGAAGAAUACUCGAUCUUUACCUAUUGCUUACGCACUCAAUCAUCAUGAUAAACGAGAUGACGACGAUUCCGAUAUUCUUUAUUCUAUUUUAAAUCCCCAAUAUGUACAUAAACAUGAACACAUUAGUGGAAUUCUGACAAAACUACAUGAAGAUAUUGAUCUAUUCGAACAAUUCCAUUGUAGCAAUCUAUUCCAUGUUUAUCUUCUUGGUGUUGAUCCUAUUUAUCGACAGAAUCGUUUAGCUAGUCAAUUAAUCGAUUCUUGUGUUCAAUUUGCAACGGAUAAACAUUUCGAUUUGAUUUACGCUGAUGUUACUGGUGAUUACUCUCUCAAUGCGUUUCUUAAACAGAAAUUUCAAACGAUCAAAACGAUUGAUUAUGCAUCAUAUGAAAAUCUCUAUCGCGAAAAGACAUUUGAAAACAUUUUACAUAAAGGUUGUUCAAUUGUUGUCAGAGAUCUUCGAAAUGAAUAA